CUGCUGCAUGCACAAAUUAGACAGGCCGUUUUUAGAACCAGAAGGCGUCGAGGCACGCGGCUUUACUUAUACAGCAGCCACUCCAACUCAAAGACCCGAUUUAGUAACGACGGGAAUGGUUCGUUCCUUACCACGUGCUCCAGUUCCAGCUCCUACUCCUGCUCCUCCUCCUGUUCCCAUUCCGGCAUCCACUCCUGUACAGAAUCAAUCUACUUACUCCGCUCUUCAUACAUAUGGAAGUGAAGCGGAAUAUGAUGAUCCUAGAUACGAUAGUGUGGUGGAAGAAAUGAAGAAUUUCUUAGGUGCCAAUGCCAUGAACCGCAAAACAACUUUGUAAAUCAUUCAAACUUUUGAAGAUUUUUAUGAGCAUUCAACAGUUUCCAAAAACACGCAAACUUUUAUAACUUAAGAUAUGUCCAAUAAAAUCUACAACAUGAAAACUGUUAAAUGUUUCUGUAGAUUAUAUGAUUAGAAGAAUUGUGUGAUUUGUUAAAAGUUUGCAUUCUGUAUUGAACUUCUUAGACCGUAUUUGUUUUUAUGAAAAUAAAA